UACAGACAACAUGGCCGUGGAUUCGUGACAAAGUUUUGUGUUUCACACAAUACACAAAGCUUAUUCUAACAAAUUCUGAAGUGUAUGUGUCUGUGUAACACAUGUAUUACACCAAAGCACAAUUUAAAUAAACAAAAAGAAAUAAAUAUGCACCAAUACAGGUCAUACACAUGGUUUUAACAGUGGGGCCUGCUUGUUCACAUGUUACACUGAGACAAAAGGCCUUUCUAAAGACUGUUCUCGGUCACCAGUGCCUGAAAAAUGGACAAAACCUCUGCAUUCUAUAGGCUUCAAUAGUUGCUGAGUAAGGGGUUCUCUGAGGGGGGCCACUGAUUCGUUAUGUUUGGUCUGGUAUAAAAGGAAGGGGUUAAACCAGUUAGGAAGGCAGUUCAGGAGCAACAGCAUCUGCAUCCAACAUGAGCAACACCAGCAUGAACAUGAGGGGCAAGAUCAUCUUCUAUGAGGACAGGAACUUCCAGGGUCGUUCCUAUGAGUGCAUGAACGACUGCUCUGACAUGACUUCCUACCUGAGCAGGUGCCACUCCUGCAGGGUGGAGAGCGGCUGCUUCAUGGUCUACGACCGUCCCAACUACACAGGAAACCAGUGGUUCAUGAAGAGGGGCGAGUACGCUGACUACAUGAGCAUGAUGGGAUGGAGUGGUGGCAUCAGGUCUUGCCGUAUGAUCCCCAUGCACAGAGGCCAGUUCAGGAUGAAGAUCUACGAGAGGGACAACUUCGGUGGUCAGAGUUACGAGAUGAUGGACGACUGUGAAAACAUCAUGGACCGUUACCGUAUGUCCGACUGCCAGUCCUGCCACGUGAUGGACGGCCACUGGCUGAUGUACGAGCAGCCCCACUACAGAGGCAGGAUGAUGUACAUGAGGCCUGGAGAGUACAGGAGCUUCAGGGACAUGGGCAUGAGUGGCACGAGGUGGAUGAGCAUGAGGCGCAUCAUGGACUCUUGCUAGUAAAUG